CUGAAGCGUGGCUUCGGAUGUCAGUCGACAGCAGCGACGCCUCGGCGAAAAAACGAAACUCGCGCCGACAUCGAUCUACUCCGGUGGCGUGUUACAGAAAUUCUUUUUUUACGAACGAAUUAUUUAAAUAAGCGCUCUACGCGUAAUGUCGGUGGUGCUGGUGCUUUGAAAAUUAACAGAAACGUUUUGUGCAUGUUAUUUUAUAUAAUGUUACCCCGUUUAUGUGCUUAGUGUAAGUUACAAUCGCUCUUCAAAAAGUGUGUGAAGUGACACAAAAAUCAAGUUUAUAACGCGUCUUGGAGUUCUGCCGUGUUGUGCAUGAUUCCAAGAAGGAGCUCGCAUUGAUUGUACCCUCACGUUUUACUGAAAGCCACUCGCGUGCCGCCCACAAUGGCCGACACCGACACAGAGCCGCUGGCGAACGGCACCGGCGCCCUCAACGAGGAGGAGGAGGAGAGGCUCAAGCAGAGGCCCGCCGACAUCGACGCUGAUGUCCGCGAGAUGGAGCGUCGCAAGCGCGUGGAGGCGCUCAUGUCGUCGAAGCUGUUCCGCGAGGAGCUGGAGCGCGUGCUGGACCAGCAGAUGCACGAGGGCAACGACGCGCCGCUGCUGCAGCGCAUCCGCGAGAUGGUGGGCGGCCGCCUGCACACCGGCAGUCUCAGGGGCCCCGCGUGCGUGCUGCCCAUCAACGACAUCCGCGGCAUCGAGGGCGUCGGCUACGAGAAGGGAGAGAAGAUCCUGCGCUGCAAGCUCGCCGCCGUCUACCGGCUCGUCGACCUGUUCGGCUGGACCCAGACGGGCAACCACGGGCAGAUCACGGCCCGGCUGAACACGGCGGUGGAGCAGGUGCUGACGACGCCGCGCGGGCUGCUGCCGCACGAGGUGACGGCGUCGUCGCUGGUGAAGGUGGACAUGCAGGGCGUGGUCCAGCAGCAGGGCAGCACCAACUUCCCCGUGAACGCGGAGGGCUUCGCGCUGCACGCGGCCGUGCACGCGGCGCGCCCCGACGUGCGCGUCGUGCUGCACGUGCGCGCGCCCGCCGCGCUCGCGCUGUCCGCCACGCGCCGCGCGCUGCUGCCGCUCUGCCGCGAGGCCGCGCUGCUCGGGCCCGUCACCUACCACCAGCCGCCGCACGGUCCGCUGGACAACGCGGAGCGCGACAAGCUGGUCCGCGCGCUGGGCCCGCACAGCACGGUGCUGGUGCUGGCGGGCGCGGGCGCGCUGUGCUGCGGCGCCACGCUGGAGGAGGCCUUCAGCCAGGCGCGCCUGCUGCUGGCCGCCGCCGACGUGCAGCUGCGCCUCGCCGCCGUGCCCACUGACGAACUGCUGCUGCUCGACGAGGACACACGGAGACAGAUCUACGAGUCGUCCCGCAAGCCGCCGGCGGAGGCGGGCAAGUGGCGCGUGGGCGGCGAGGAGUUCGAGGCGCUCAUGCGCAUGCUCGACAACGCCGGCUUCCGCACCGGCUACAUCUACAGGCAUCCGCUCGUCAAGAACGACGUGCCUCGUCCUAAGAACGACGUGGAGGUGCCGCCCGCCGUGUCCUCGCUCGGCUACCUGCUCGAGGAGGAGGAGCUCUACAAGCAGGGGCUAUGGAAGAAAGGUCAAGGCAAGACGGGCGAGCGCACUCGCUGGCUGAACUCACCCAACGUGUACCAGAAGGUGGAGGUCCUGGAGACGGGCACCAGCGACCCCAAGAAGAUCACCAAGUGGGUGGACGCUAACAACGAAGAGUGGGUCCAGGACGGGUCCCCGGCGCACUCGAGCACCCCGGUUAAGAUCGACACUCUCCAGUUUGUCCCGAAGAACACCAACCCUAAGGAGUUUAAGGCCUUGCAGCAACAGAUAAAGGAGAACCGUCGCGCGGACAAGAUAAGCGCGGGCCCGCAGUCGCACAUCCUGGAGGGCGUCACGUGGGACGAGGCCAGCAAGCUCAUCGGCGAGGACGCCGCCAACACGCACACCGGGGACCACGUCGUCAGCCACCAGGUCCUGAUGGGCGCGGCGUCGAAGGGCAUCAUCCAGCGCGGCUACCAGCACAACGCGACGGUGUACAGCGCGCCCUACGCGCGGAACCCCUUCGACCACGUCACCGACACCGACAUCGACGAGUACCGCCGCACCGUCGAGCGCAAGCAGCGCAGCGACUACGACACGGACCUGUCGGAGUCGGAGGCCAUCAGCGCGGCGCAGGUGACGUCACCCGCCAGCGCGCCCUCCGAGACCGAGGACGAGUCGCGCGACGAACACCGCGUGUUGAGAAUAGAGACCAAGCAGGCGCCCGUGCGCAGCCAGCCCGAGGUCGUGCUCAGCGAUGUGGACACGACGGACUUCUUGAACUCGGAGCGGGCUCACGCGGACAGGACGAAAGUACCGACGCGGGACCCGAACCUGUUGUCCGACGCGGAGGUGUUCCUGGACUCGGCCGCGUCGCCGCCGACGUCCGGGCCGACGUCGCCGGUGCAGCGAGUCGUGAUCAGAGCGGCUUCGCACCCGCCGCAAGUGUGGUCCGAGGACGAGGUGUUCGAGUCGCGCGUGACGUCACGUCCGCAGCCGGUCGUCGUGCGCUCGCACGUCGCGCCCUCGCAACAGACUGUCGCGCAGCCGGCCGUGGCUAGAGGUGAACACACGGUGAACGGCGACCAUUCCGACGCCCACCAGAGCACGUUCUCUCACAGCAGUAAAGAGGGCUCUCCCUCCAAGGAGGUGUCGACGGAGGACUCUCCCAAGAAGGACAAGAAGAAGAAGAAGGGCCUCCGGACGCCCUCCUUCCUCAAGAAGAAGAAGGAGAAGAAGAAGUCCAGCACGCCGCAGCCCGCCUAGAGAUAAUCCCACGAGUCUACACUGCCAUUUCGCUUUCAAACUACUUGUAAUGUUUUUGUAAUAAUUGUAAGGGUUAUCCUGGACAGCUUGCACAGCGGGUUCCGGUGGGGUGUACAUACAGACAGACAGCACGCCGUGUACGGAGCGUUCGCCAUUCUACAUCAAUCAUAUUAAUUUUUAACUAAAUGUUGGUACUAAAAAGUGUUAGUGAUUUUUUACUGUGUAUAUGAAUGUGUUCCCAUUAAUGUGAAUUUCAUCCUAAUGUUGGGCAUAUUCCCAUUAAUGGGAAUCAGGUUCCCAUGAUUGGGAAUUCCCAUUUUUUAUUAUUUUUUACUACGGUCGCGUAUUUUUUUAGUUGUGGUAAUAUAACUUCCGUUUAAAAUACCUUCCAUGUCGCCUAAAACUUCCCAGCUUAUCGAAAUUGUUUUAGAGUAAGUAGUAACAUCUAGAAAUAGCGAACGCAUCCAUUUCAUUCAGAUAUAUUAGCUUUACGAAGCCGCACUUAUGAAAAAUAAAUUAAUCUGUUUUAUAUAAUGUAGUUAUUUUAUACUCCAACAUUGUUAAUAGAAAAUAAUAUUAAUUAUACAAUAACUAAUAACCACUCGUAGUACAAGAUUUAAAAUUUAGAGUGGCAACAUUGUAACGGACUUGCCAGUAUCCAAAAAUAUAGAAAUUAUCAAUAAUCCACAUUAUACCGUAAUGUUUACGUAUUUACAUAAGUAAGGUAUACGUAACAAGAUGGCCUCUUAUCAUAUUGUAAUAAAACACAGUAUAAAUAAUAUUAGUUUCUAUGUUUUGGAGAUAGCGGCGAACAAGCGUGUUUAACUCACCCACCGUUUGAACGAGGAGCUAACGAGAGGCACGAGAGGCAAUGUUUUGGUGUAAUAAGCAAUUCUGCACUACGUAAUAAAUUGUCCUUGUGCGCGAUAGUAACAACGCUAAAGAAAGCGUUUUAUUUAUUAUUUUUUGACGAUCAUUUGACGAAAUUCUUGUUUUUAACGCCUUGCCAAUCAAUUCUUAUGUCGGUUUUUAUUUUUUUUCUUAGUUUAGUUUUCUGACUGUGGACGACUUUUAUUGGGGAUGGCGAGUUAAGGCAGCUUGGCUAUACCUUUGGUAUGUUAAAUGCGUUUUUCGUUUAUAAACAAACACAUACCUUGACUUAAAAAUAUGACUAUUUACAUGAAUAAAGAAACGAUUCUUAUCAACGUAAAAUAUAUUGUUUUCUGACAAAACAGUUUCGUUAAUCGAUUGAUAGUUGGAAGACUAGGCAACUAUAUUGUUGCUAAACAUUGGCUUGUAUUAACAGUCAUUGCAAUACAGAUAACUUGUAAGUUAAGAGUCCGCCAUGCCCAAUAGUCCUCGUUCCAUAACUGGUGCAUCGUUUACAAGUUUAUUUCUUUAAUUAAAUGGCAUAUAAUGCUUUCAUGUGUAAAGAGGUUUCUGAACGCGAUUCCAUAUCACAAUUAACAAUUAAUGCCCCACUGUUGGACAUAGCAUUGUCUCUGUAUAAAUAAAAUCUUCGAUAAAGGAAUUAAACAUCGCGAAAGUGACUUGAGUCUGUUAUGCUUUUUCCCCUAAAAUGCUCAACCGAUUUUGAUGAAAUUAAAUAUAGGUAUAGCUUGAACUUGGAGAAAGGAUAUGCUAGUUCUAGCUAUAGAGUUAUUCAAACAAAAAAUCUACCGAAGAAUCAUUAAAAUUACAAAAUAUGGUAGAAAUUAGUAGUUUUUCAAUAGUGGUUGUUCGCGUUCAGAUCCCUCUCGCCAUUCGUGCUUUUAAUAAUUAUAUGAAAAUAGAUAUAUCGGUUACGUAGGAUGGUCUGAUUCUAUAAUGAAAUAAUAUUUCCAAAAUGUAUCUUAAAACAGUUGAAAAGUCUUCGUUUUUCUAUGCAUGUUAUUUUGAUCAAUAUUUUUUCGAUUUUUUUUUGUAUUUUGAAAUCAUGGAUCAUCCUAAUCGAUUGAUAUUAUUAUAAAUAUAAAACAAAUAUAAUAUAUGUUAGCAUUUUAUGUAAAUUUAAGUAAGCAGGCUAGGCUACUCUCUGUAGAAUUAAAUUAUUAUUUUUUUCUUUCAUUUUUUUUUCUAUUUGGACGUAAUAUGUUUGGGUUGAUUUGACUUUGUGAUUGAACUAUAAAAUCAAUUAUUUUAAACCGUAAUUAUUAACUAAACGGUUAAAUUUUACUAUAUUAAGAAAUAAUGAAAUUCAAAUAAUUCUAAACAAAGUCCAAUCAAUCGAUCAUAAAAACCAGUACACGAUAUGUUGUUAAUUUUAAAGUCUUAUUUUUAAUAAACGUAAAUUUCUUAUUUUUUUAUGUCAUCUUCCUUUUUUAGACCCUUUUCGAUUUGACAUUACCUAGAUUAUUAUCUAGUGUUGUUAAAAUGACAAGUUGAAUUGUUUUCGGCUGCUGGCAACCCGUCACUACCGCGGCGCAGUGGGGAGCAGUCACUAAAUAUGCUUUAUACAUUGAAGUCUUAUAAGCCAUAAGAUUUCUUCUGUAAUUCUGAUUUACCCACUAUAUUAGAAGAAAGCACUGUAUAACUUAUUUAAUUAUAAACAACAUAUAUUCUUUCUCUCUCAGUUUUCAUUGAGACGGAAAGAGAAAGGGUAUGUCGAAACAGUUUUACAGUUAAAGUUGUUCAGUUAAAAAUGGUUCAAGUAGUAACUGGUUGCCGCCAACCCCUGGUUGUCUCAACUUACGGUUGUCGUAACCUCGUAAGUAGUUAACUAAAUGAUAAUUAAUGCAAUCACUAUAGUUUUGUGUUUAUUUUCUAUGGAACAUUAUUUUUUUAGUUUACCUAUAUGUCUGUUCGGCCCGUCACAAAGCAUCGGGGUAGUGUUAAGUAAAGCUUAAUAAAGUUAUGUUAAUUGUAUUGUGUAUUUUUUAUUUCGUAAAAUAUAUGCUAUUUGAAAAAAAGUUUAUUAUGAAA